AUUCUGUGACAGCCAGGAGGUUAUUGCUGUAGCUGGAGCUGAAGGUCUGACAGGAGAGGUAAGAGGAGGUGUCUGCAGGUGAAACUUGAGGUAGCGUGCCCAUUUCUGUCCUUUAAGGGGCACAGUCUGCACAGGGAGCUGAAGGGGACUGGGCAGUUCCGCUCAGGGCGUUUGUUGUGGAAAGGGGUCUGGCUAAAGAACCUGCUGUUUGCCAGCUCACGUGAGGAGUGCUGGAUCUCUGAGACCCAGCUAAGACCCCCUUGAGAAGGCAGUGUCGAACAGAAGAGGUCAAGGUGAGCUUCAAGGUGGAGGGUUGAAACAUGAAUAGUGGGAAUUGUGCAGCCCCUGAGGCAGCUGCAUGAGGUGCCUGGUGAGGGUUCAGAGGGGGAAACCUUCGUCUAGGUACUACUGGUCCCCUGCUUUAAGCUUACCCUGUUAUGAGAAGAGAACUUUGUGACAGCGUGGCAUGAUCUGCUCAGAAUCCUUUGUCUGCCUCAUCCUGGAAAUACAGAACUGUGAAGGAUGUUGCAGAUUAAUAUUAUUAAAGUGCCAUGCAAUGUAAGCUUUACUAGACAAAACAGGAGGAGCAUUAUGUGCUGGUGGCUGCCUUGUCUAAUGUAGAUGUGUAUAUUUUGGUAAGGAUUUUAAUGAGGGAUAAUAGUACCCUGAUGCAGAGUAAUGAGGCCUCUUCAAGGGUCCUCUUUUCAAUGCUUCCUCUGUACCAUAGUUUGUGCAGUUUUUUUACUUUAUUUCAAUGUUGCUGGAAAAUGGAUUGAAAGCAAUGAAAGGAAGGAAAAUUUUGUAAAAGGGGAAGGAGAGGUUUUGUGGUUUAAAUGCUAUCUGUCUGGGAGAACUGGGUUCUUCUUAAUCUCAUUUGUUUCCAUGGUGAAACUGGAUGCAUUACUUGAACUUGACCUGUCAUAAGAGAUGGGUAAUUGUAUAUCCCUUGUUUGCUGUGUACUUACUCUAGUGAACUUUAGAGUUAGAAGAAUCCUGAGUGUUUAAAGGUUUAGUCAAGGGAAACUAAUGCCAAGUGCUUGGAAAUUUGUGUCUUUACUUGUAAUCAUGGAUAAGUAAUUUGAUAGUGCUCAGGGAAAAGCGAAUGAGCAUAUUUCCUGUAUUGAAUAGGGCUGAGAUUCAUGAAAAAUCUAGUAAGAUGCUCUGUUGUGAGGUGUACAGAGAAGUCUAUAUGAUAGAACCUCUCUACUUCUAUCUUUUUCUUCCAGGCUUCUCCAUGAUAAAAAUAUUACUUUUAUCCAUUGUAGGUACAUUCACUAAUAGUGGUUUCCCUUCUCAGGGAGCCAUGCUUUAUUCUUUACCUUUAAUAAAGAUCUGGCAGCAAGUAAGGAAGAGGGGCCUUCAGUUCUUCUAUGUCAUAGUCUGUGUGCAAAUUCUGCAAAAUGGAGAGUUGUCAUGAGGAAAUUGUAUUAAGAUGGUACAGGAAAAGAGGAGUUGGACUGAGGGAGUGGGCGAGGAGAGAAAUACAGAUGAAAAGUCAUUGUUAUUUAACCAUCCUCCGUUCAUUUUAACUUGCAGAUAUCCUUGGUUUGCAGAAGGCAUCUCAGAAUGUUGUGUCGAGCUGCUCUGAGCCCGCUUGUCCGUUCCCCUGGAUGGUGCUGUGUCUCACCUCCACAUGUCACCGCAGCCAUUUCUCGUUUGUAUCUCCCUUGCCAAAGAUUAAGGAAUGAAUCCAUCCGUUGUUGGAGCAACAUUCCAUUUAUCACCAUGCCACUCAGCCGUGCCCAUGGAAAAUCAUUUGCACACCGCAGUGAGCUGAAGCAUGCAAAACGGAUUGUAGUAAAGCUGGGUAGUGCUGUUGUUACUCGAGGGGAUGAGUGUGGCUUGGCCCUUGGGAGGCUGGCUUCUAUUGUAGAGCAGGUCUCAAUGCUGCAAAAUCAGGGCCGAGAGAUGAUGAUUGUCACCAGUGGGGCUGUAGCUUUCGGAAAGCAGCGGUUGCGUCAUGAGAUAUUGCUUUCUCAGAGUGUGAGACAAGCACUUCAUUCAGGCCAGAGUCAGCUAAAAGAUAUGGCUAUUCCGGUCUUAGAGGCCCGAGCCUGUGCAGCAGCUGGACAGAGUGGAUUAAUGGCUCUGUAUGAGGCCAUGUUUACCCAGUACAGCAUCUGUGCAGCUCAGAUUUUAGUCACCAAUCUGGAUUUCCACGAUGAGCAGAAGCGUCGCAACUUAAAUGGAACAUUACAUGAGCUUUUAAGGAUGAAUAUUGUCCCUAUCAUUAACACUAACGAUGCAGUUGUUCCACCUCCAGAGCCAAACAGUGAUCUGCAGGGGGUAAUUAGUGUGAAGGAUAAUGACAGUCUGGCAGCACGACUGGCUGUGGAAAUGAAAACCGAUCUCCUGAUUGUACUUUCAGAUGUGGAAGGACUCUUUGACAGCCCUCCAGGGUCUGAUGACGCAAAGCUUAUUGACAUAUUCUACCCAGGAGAUCAGCAGUCUGUAACAUUUGGAACCAAAUCCCGAGUGGGAAUGGGUGGCAUGGAAGCCAAGGUGAAAGCAGCUCUGUGGGCCCUGCAAGGAGGCACUUCAGUAGUGAUUGCAAAUGGAACUCACCCAAAGAUCUCAGGUCAUGUCAUCACAGAUAUUGUAGAAGGGAAAAAAGUAGGAACUUUUUUUUCAGAGGUAAAACCUGCAGGCCCUACUGUGGAACAGCAGGCUGAAAUGGCUCGAGCUGGUGGCAGGACCUUGGCGGCUCUACAGCCUGAGCAGAGAGCAGAGAUUAUUUAUCGUCUUGCUGACUUACUAACGGACCAGAGGGAAGAAAUUCUCUUGGCAAACAAGAAGGACUUAGAGGAGGCUGAAAAUAAAGGGAGAUUAGCCCUCCCUUUGUUGAAACGCCUAAGUCUGUCUACUUCAAAGCUGAACAGCUUGGCUAUUGGUCUGCGUCAGAUUGCAGCAUCCUCGCAGGACAGUGUGGGCCGUGUAAUUCGACGAACCCGAAUAGCAAAAGACCUAGAUUUGGAGCAGGUUACAGUGCCAAUUGGUGUCCUUCUCGUCAUCUUCGAAUCUCGUCCUGACUGUCUUCCACAGGUGUCUGCUUUGGCCAUAGCCAGUGGAAAUGGCUUACUACUUAAAGGAGGGAAAGAGGCAGCACAUAGCAAUCAAAUCCUUCAUCAUCUGACACAAGAAGCACUCUCUAUUCAUGGAGUCAGAGACACAGUGCAACUGGUGAACACAAGAGAGGAAGUAGAAGAUCUCUGCCGUUUGGAUAAGCUGAUAGAUCUCAUCAUACCACGUGGUUCAUCACAGCUAGUCAGAAAUAUCCAGAAAGCGGCUAAGGGAAUCCCAGUGAUGGGUCACAGUGAAGGGAUCUGUCAUGUGUAUGUUGACACGGAUGCCAGUGUUGAGAAGGUCACACGAAUAAUCAGAGACUCAAAGUGUGAAUAUCCUGCUGCCUGUAAUGCUCUGGAAACUCUCUUAAUUCAUCGAGACUUGCUGAGAACCCCGUUGUUUGAUCAGAUCAUAGACAUGUUGAGAGUAGAACAGGUGAAGAUUCAUGCUGGCCCAAAGUUUGCAUCUUACUUGACAUUCAGUCCUUCAGAAGUGAAAUCUCUGCGCACAGAAUAUGGGGACCUGGAGUGCUGCAUUGAGGUGGUGGACAGCGUUCAAGAGGCUGUUGAACAUAUCCACAAGUAUGGAAGUUCCCAUACGGAUGUUAUUAUCACAGAGAAUGAGAAAACAGCAGAGUUCUUCCUCCAACAUGUAGACAGCGCUUGUGUUUUCUGGAAUGCCAGUACCCGAUUCUCUGAUGGCUAUAGGUUUGGACUUGGUGCUGAAGUGGGAAUUAGUACUUCGCGUAUCCAUGCACGUGGACCAGUGGGAAUUGAAGGACUCUUAACAACGAAGUGGUUGCUGAGGGGGGACAAUCAUGUUGUUUCUGACUUCUCAGAGCAUGGGAGCAUGAAGUAUCUUCAUGAAAGCCUCCCUCUCCCUCAGAGAAAUGCCAACUGAAAACACUGGGGAGAAAACCCAGGAUAUAAUUAUUUCCUGAAGUUAUUCAGGCUUCAGGAUAAUCUCUGACGGUGAAGGAGUUUGUUUUUCAUCGUCAGAAACAUUGUCCUUGGUCAUUUUGCAGUGCAAUGAAUACAAAAUUAUCCCAUCAAUGAGAAUUCUCCCCCUCCCACCCCUUUCACUUUCUUUAGACAGUAUCUGCAAACUGACCUCACUUCUCCCAAAGACAGAUUUUUUAAAUCAUAUAGGUAACAUAAGGGUUUCAGUAUCAACUACAUUCCUUUUUUAUCACAGUGCUCUCUGUAGCAAAUAUGUUUGGUGAUGGAGCUUAGUUUUUUUUUUCUAAGUUUUUUUAUUCAAGUAUCUGUUCUGGAGAACAGACUCAGUAGUUUUGGUUUUGAGGGUUUUUUUCUUCAGUCUUAGGAUCAUGGCCUCUCUUGAGGGCCGGAAAGCUUUAUGCUUAAUUUCUUUGUAUUUGAUCAGUCUUGAGAUAGGGGGACAGAUGUUCCAAAUGUAUAGUAAACUUUUGACCAAAAAACCUUUUAUAUCUAAUUCUUUGUAUUGUUGGCUAUUGUAGAUAAAAAACAUCAUUGUCUGCUACAUUAAUUUUGUUACUUAUUUGUAUCAAAGGUUUAUUUUUCUUCGGUUUAUAUAAAACUUACUCCAACAGCA